GAUACAGCAAAGGUUUUGUGCUUCUAGUCUGAAUUAUAUCACCAUGUCCUGUUAGAGAUGGAUCAACAAUUAGAUGUCCAGGUUUACUUCACAGUUGAGGAAUGGGCAAAGAUCAGCUAUUAUGAGAAGAUUUGUAUCAAGAACAUCAAAGAAAACUAUGAGAUGAUGCUAAAAGUUGGAUUGGACGUCAGUCCACCAAUGUUCAUGCGACGACAUCAGAAAGAAAUUAAGAAAGAGAUCGUAGAGGAUAAUGAUGGCAAGAAUGGGGACAAGAAAUCACAAGGAUCUGCCGAUGUUUAUAACUAUCAGGGAAUUCUUAAACCAGGUCAUAUAGAGAAGAAUGAGAUUCCUGAGGAGAAUACUUACACGAUAAAAGUAGAGACUGAGUAUGAUGAUGAUGGCACUCCACUGGAUGAGGCUAAUUACACUGCAGGAGAACAAAUCAAUGAUCUCAUCGAAUGGAGUAACUAUGAUGAAGCUACCCAGACACAAACCAAGCCAACAUCAACAGGUGAUCAGGGGAAUCAGUCAGGUGAUCUCAGCAGUCAGUCAUGUGAUCAGAAGACAGAAGGCAUUUGUACGAGAAGUAAAAGACAAGCUGGUGGAAAGGUUAAAUCUUUCCCAGAACCAGAUUCUGGAAUCUAUAGAUGCGAGUACUGUGAAUCACCCUUUGCUAUUCCUCUCAUCUUAGCAAGGCAUCUCAAUUAUAAACAUGGAGUAGAAGGUAUAUUCCUGCCUUCAUUUGCAUCAAAGAAAGAUAUUCUACAGUUUUUCAAAGGAGACAUACAAGGUCCGACCUGCAACACAAAUAAAUAUUUACCUCAUAGUAAAGAAAUUACAGAAUCAGAAAGAAACAGAGAAAAUAUGAGAGAGGAAUCAUGCGGUAAGAUAGAUAAGUGCCAUGCACACGAGAAAAGUGAUAAGGCAUUUGUUUGCAAACAAAGUUUUACAGCACAUAAACGUAUCCACACUGGUGAGAAACCCUAUGCAUGUGAUCAAUGUAGUAAAGUUUUUCGUUGUAAACAGGAUCUCAAAAGACAUAGAAAAAUGCAUACAGGUGAAAAGCCCUAUGCGUGUGAUCAGUGUGGUAAGGCAUUUAAUGAAUAUAGUGAUCUAAAAAAACAUAAACUAGUCCACACAGGUGAAAAACACUACGUGUGUGAUCAGUGUGGCAAGGCCUUUAGUCGAAAUCAAGUUCUUAAAAGACAUAAACUAAUCCAUACAGGUGAAAAGCCGUAUGCUUGUGAUCAAUGUGGUAAGGGCUUUAUUAGAAAAGAAAGACUUACAGCACAUAUACUUACCCACACAGGUGAGUUACCUUUUGUAUGUGAUACUUGUGGUAAAGCAUUUCAUAGCGGUGAUGGUUUAAGAAGCCAUAAACGGAUCCAUACAGGUGAAAAGCCGUAUGUAUGUGAUCUAUGUAGUAAAGCUUUUUGUUGGAAACGGGAUCUCAGAACACAUAAACGAAUCCAUACAGGUGAAAAACCCUUUGUAUGUGAUCAUUGUAAUAAGGCAUUUAGAUAUUUAGGUAGUUUCAGAACACAUAAACAGAUUCAUACAGGUGAAAAGCCGUAUGCUUGUGAUCAAUGUGGUAAGGGCUUUACUCGAAAAGAAAGACUUACAGCACAUAUACUUACCCACACAGGUGAGUUACCUUUUGUAUGUGAUACUUGUGGUAAAGCAUUUCAUAGCGGUGAUGGUUUAAGAAGCCAUAAACAGAUCCAUACAGGUGAAAAGCCGUAUGUAUGUGAUCUAUGUAGUAAAGCUUUUUGUUGGAAACGGGAUCUCAAAAGACAUAAACAAAUCCAUACAGGCGAGAAGCCGUAUGUAUGUGAUCAGUGUGGUAAAGCAUUUAUUCUGGAACAAACUCUCAAAAAACAUAAACUAGUCCACACAGGUGAAAAACCCUACGAGUGUGAUCAAUGUGGCAAGAUCUUUAGUCAAAAUCAAGUUCUCAAAAGACAUAAACUACUCCAUACAGGUGAAAAGCCGUAUGCUUGUGAUCAAUGUGGUAAGGGCUUUAUUCGAAAAGAAAGUCUUACAACACAUAUACGUACCCACACAGGUGAGUUACCUUUUGUAUGUGAUACUUGUGGUAAAGCAUUUCAUAGCAGUGCUGGUUUAAUAAGCCACAAACGGAUCCAUACAGGUGAAAAGCCAUAUGUAUGUGAUCAAUGUAGUAAAGCUUUUCAUUGGAAACGGGAUCUCAAAAGACAUACAAAAAUUCAUACAGACGAGAAGCUGUAUGUACGUGAUCAGUGUGAUAAAGCCUUUGUCCAUGAAUAUAGCCUUACAACACAUAAACUAAUCCACACUGGUGAGAGACCUUUUGUAUGUGAUCAGUGUGGCAAGGCCUUUAAUCAACAUCAAGCUCUCAAAAGACAUAAAUUAAUCCAUACAGGUGAAAAGCCGUAUGCUUGUGAUCAAUGUGGUAAGGGCUUUAUUCGAAAAGAAAGACUUACAGCACAUAUACUUACCCACACAGGUGAGUUACCUUUUGUAUGUGAUACUUGUGGUAAAGCAUUUCAUAGCGGUGAUGGUUUAAGAAGCCAUAAACGGAUCCAUACAGGUGAAAAGCCGUAUGCGUGUGAUCAAUGUAGUAAAGCUUUUUGUUGGAAACGGGAUCUAAAAAGACAUCAAAAAAUCCACACAGGCGAAAAGCCGUAUGUAUGUGAUCAGUGCGGUAAAUCGUUUAUUCUGGAACAAACUCUCAGAACACAUAAGCGAAUCCACACAGGCGAGAAGCCGUAUGUAUGUGAUCAGUGUGGUAAAGCAUUUAUUCUGGAACAUACUUUCAGAACACAUAAGCGAAUCCACACUGGUGAGAAACCUUUUGUAUGUGAUCAGUGUGGCAAGGCCUUUAAUCAACAUCAAGCUCUCAAAAGACAUAAACUAAUCCAUACAGGUGAAAAGCCGUAUGCUUGUGAUCAAUGUGGUAAGGGCUUUAUUCGAAAAGAAAGUCUUACAACACAUAUACUUACCCACACAGGUGAGUUACCUUUUGUAUGUGAUACUUGUGGUAAAGCAUUUCAUAGCAGUGCUGGUUUAAUAAGCCACAAACGGAUCCAUACAGGUGAAAAGCCGUAUGCGUGUGAUCAAUGUAGUAAAGCUUUUUGUUGGAAACGGGAUCUCAAAAGACAUAAACAAAUCCAUACAGGCGAGAAGCCGUAUGUAUGUGAUCAGUGCGGUAAAGCAUUUAUUCUGGAACAAACUCUCAGAACACAUAAACUAGUCCACACAGAUGAAAAACGCUACGAGUGUGAUCAAUGUGGCAAGAUCUUUAGUCAAAAUCAUGUUCUUAAAAGACAUAAACUAAUCCAUACUGGUGAAAAGCCGUAUGCUUGUGGUCAGUGUGGUAAGGGCUUUAUUCGAAAAGAAAGUCUUACAACACAUAUACUUACCCACACAGGUGAGUUACCUUUUGUAUGUGAUCAAUGUGAUAAGGCCUUUGUUUGCAAACAAAGUUUUACAGCACAUAAAUUUAUCCACACUGGUGAGAAAUCCUAUGCAUGUGAUCAAUGUAGUAAAGCUUUUUGUUGGAAACGGGAUCUCAAAAGACAUAAAAAAAUCCACACAGGCGAGAAGCCGUAUGUAUGUGAUCAGUGUGGUAAAGCAUUUAUUCUGGAACAAACUUUCAGAACACAUAAGCGAAUCCACACUGGUGAGAAACCUUUUGUAUGUGAUCAAUGUGGCAAGGCCUUCAAUCAAAGUCAAGUUCUCAAAAGACAUAAACUAAUCCAUACCGGUGAAAAGCCGUAUGCUUGUGAUCAAUGUGGUAAGGGCUUUAUCCGUAAAGAAAGUCUUAAAACACAUAAACUUAUGCACUCUGGUGAGAAAUCAUAAGCAUGUGAUCAGUGAAGUAAAGCUUUUUGUAAAAGGGUUCUUAGAAGAUAAGAGCCAAACAAAGAAAUCACAAAAACAUGGCCAAGUGCAAGUCUUUAUCCAUUUGCAUUUUGAAGGAAAACAAAUCCCAAGAAGAGAAUCAAUCUUAUUGGAAAGAGUAAAAUGAAAGGAACAAUUUGAAACAAUUUUUAUUAAAAUCAGUUAUGAAAUAAGCAAGUUGUGGACGUAUAUUAGAGCUUGUUAUACUUUCUAUGGUUGUCCUCUAAUUGGCAUACAUGCUUCAAAAUGGCUGAUUUUGUUGACAACUCUCCAUUUGUUUUUGUACGUGCAAAUUUUCAGAUUUUCCCCUUUAUUUUACAUAUUUCACAUUAUCUCCUCUUGACCUUGACAUAUGUGGUGUGAAUUAUAUUUUCCCAUGAUGACAUAUUGUGCUCAGAAGGAGGCAAGAAGAAUAAUGAAAAUCUGAAAAUUUGUGUACAAAACAAAUGGAGAGUUGUCCAUGAAAUUAGCAUUUUUGAAGUACGUUUGCCAAUUUGAGGAUCCCCGUAGAAAGUACAACAAGAGUUUUCAAACUUCCAUAAUUCGCUUAUUCUAAAACAAGUUUAAAAUUGCUCCUCUCAUUUUAUUGUCUCGCCCACCAGAGGUGAAGGCGAGACUUAAGGAUCCAAAUGUCGUCCGUUGGUCGUCCGUCUGUCACAAACCUAAUGACACAUGUAAAGUGUAAAGAUGAGAAAACCUAUGUCUUUGACAAGUGUGAAGAUGAGAAAACCUAUGUAUUUGGUAAAUGUGAAGAUGAGAUAACCUAUGUAUUUGAUAAGUGUGAAGAUGAGAUAACCUAUGUAUUUGAUAGGUGUGAAGAUGAGAAAACCUAUGUAUUUGAUAGGUGUGAAGAUGAGAAAACCUAUGUAUUUGGUAAAUGUGAAGAUGAGAAAACCUAUGUAUUUGAUAGGUGUGAAGAUGAGAAAACCUAUGUAUUUGAUAGGUGUGAAGAUGAGAAAACCUAUGUAUUUGACAAGUGUGAAGAUGAGAUAACCUAUGUAUUUGAUAGGUGUGAAGAUGAGAUAACCUAUGUAUUUGAUAGGUGUGAAGAUGAGAAAACCUAUGUAUUUGAUAGGUGUGAAGAUGAGAAAACCUAUGUAUUUGAUAAGUGUGAAGAUGAGAAAACCUAUGUAUUUGAUAGGUGUGAAGAUGAGAAAACCUAUGUAUUUGACAAGUGUGAAGAUGAGAAAACCUAUGUAUUUGAUAGGUGUGAAGAUGAGAUAACCUAUGUAUUUGAUAGGUGUGAAGAUGAGAAAACCUAUGUAUUUGGUAAAUGUGAAGAUGAGAAAACCUAUGUAUUUGAUAAGUGUGAAGAUGAGAAAACCUAUGUAUUUGAUUGGUGUGAAGAUGAGAAAACCUAUGUAUUUGAUAGGUGUGAAGAUGAGAAAACCUAUGUAUUUGAUAAGUGUGAAGAUGAGAAAACCUAUGUAUUUGAUAGGUGUGAAGAUGAGAAAACCUAUGUAUUUGAUAGGUGUGAAGAUGAGAAAACCUAUGUCUUUGAUAAGUGUGAAGAUGAGAAAACCUAUGUAUUUGAUAAGUGUGAAGAUGAGAAAACCUAUGUCUUUGAUAGGUGUGAAGAUGAGAAAACCUAUGUAUUUGAUAAGUGUGAUAUUAAGGUAGUAGUGAGAACAUAUUUUCACAAUAGAAGGAAAUUUAUACAGAUGACAAAUCCAGUGGCCCGUAUUCUGAUGGUUUGAUUUAAACUCAGGUUUAAAGUUGUGGUUUUACUAUGGAUAGCCAAUAGUGGCAUAAAUCUCUAUCAGUAUAGUUUCAAUGUAUCUGCUCAUUAUCCUCUCAAACCAUUCCUGCUUCAGAAUGAUAAAUAAAGUAGCUUUCUUCACCAUUCAUGAGUUAGGAAAGAACAUAGUACAAAUAAGAAACACACAAUGUAUGACAAAAAUUUGAUAGAUUUGGCCUUCCAUAAUUUUAGCACAGAGUGCGAUUUAUUAAUCGAGACCAUGUUUUUCAUACAGCUGAAUAGUAUUACAUUUAUGUUCAUUGUAAUAAAAGACACUGAAAGGUCAAGUCCACCCCAGCAAACUGUUGAUAUGAAUUAAUGGAGAAAAAUCAAACUAGCAUAAUGCUGAAAGUUUCAUCAAAAUAGGAUUUAAGAUAAGAAAGUUAUGACAUUUUAGAGUUUCGAUUAUUUUUCACAAAACAGUGAUAUGCACAACUCAGUGACAGGAAAAUGAGACAGUUGAUGCUGUUACCAUUUCUUUUGUUUUUUAUCGUUUGAAUUAUACAAUAUUUCAUUUUUUACAGUUUUGACAAUAAGGACCAACUUGACUGAAACAUGUAGUAUUAAACAAUGCUAAUUCCACAUGUUCAGGGAGGAAAUAAUUGUUGUUUCACUUGACAAUGAGGAGAACUUUAGAAUAUUUCAUAUUUUCGUAUAAUAUAAUAUUUACAAAAGAAAUAGUGAGUGGGUGACAUCAUCAGUCUCCUCAUUUGCAUACCGACGAGGAUGUGCAUAUAAUGUUCUGUGAAAUCAAGUGAAACUUCAAGUGAAACUUUAAAAUUUCAUGAUUUUUUUAUUGUACAUCCAGUUUUGAUCAUAUUCUCAGUGUUUUUUCUCUUUUUAUUUAAAUCAACAUUUUUGUUGGGGUGGAUUUGUCCUUUAAUAGAAGUGAGAUUCUGAGAUUGGUAUACAGAUCCUUGUCCCAAAAGUUUGUUAUUCCAACUCAUGGUUCAUUUAUAGUCUGAUUGUUUGUUUAAAAACAAAAUUAUGUUUGUUUUUUUGAAGGUUCAAUUGUCAGAAAAAGUAGAGCUUACUUAUUAUGAAGGUGCAGUUGUUUGGAAAUGAAGUAAGUUUUUUAUGGGGGAGGGGGGUGGGGUGCUGUUCAUUUAUUCAUUUUUGUACGAAUGAACCUAAUUUCUAGACAAUCAAACCUUCAGAAAAGUUCAAGUUAACAUUGAAAUCUUAAAACUCUUAAAUGUCAUGAAACUAGGGCAUAAUGGUAAUCACUGAUCAUCUUGUAUUAGUUUCAGGUCACAUGAACAAGGUUAAUUAAGGUCAUUCACUCUGGCCGUGUUGGCAUUGUCAAGAUUGAAAUCUGAAUCUUGAGCAACGUUAAGGUUUGAAAUGUCAUAACCUUAGAAGUAUGUGGACUGACGUAGUUUAUGAUACUUGGAUAUUUUAUGAAUGUUCACUGUAAAAAUGCAUCUUGAUCUUAUCCAUACAUGUAUGAGCACAGUAUGAUACCCUUUGAUGAAUGAAUCUACUGCACAGUCAUAUCUAAAUUUUUCCUUCUAUUAUCCAUUGUUCUGUGAACAAUACCCAUGUUAUAAAUAUUGUGGUCAUUUUGACUUGUUUAAUGCAUCAUUCACAUCUCUUCAUCUCUCUUGACAACGGGUUUUAUAAAUUGUUUAAAAUGUUUCAUUUUUGUACUAUCAAAUGUAAUGUAAUGACUGUUUAUUAUUUUUUAUGUCGGAAAUGAACAAGUACGAUUUUAAAAUUUGAA